AUGUCUUCGGAAUUACAAUCGUCCUUCGGCCGCCUCCUGCGAUUUGUCCCGCGGUCCGAUCCGAACAAGAUCCUCAUUGGAGAACCUGAAUCAGACUCCGUCGACGUUGGUGUUGCGGUGCGCAACGGCGAGGAGGUUAAGGUUGUGGUGUGGUCGGGAUCCAGCGUCCUCAAGCCGGGUUCCAAAACAGAUGAGUGCGCCAUCAUCGACCGCAUUCUGUCGCCCGUUUCUGUCGAUGAGAUCGGUACUAUCCGAUGUAUUGGUCUGAACUAUGUUCAGCACGCGAAAGAAGUUGGCGUAGCUUUGCCUGACGUGCCUACUGUGUUCCUGAAGCCAAACACAGCCCUUGGGGACCCAUGGCCAGCACCUACAGUCCUUCCUCUGCUGACUCAAGCAGACGACUGCGGCGAUUACGAGUCUGAGCUUGCAGUUGUCUUGGGAAAGACAGCUAAGAAUGUGUCUGAGGCUGAUGCUAUGGACUAUGUCCUGGGUUACACUGCUUGCAACGAUGUGUCUAGCAGAACAUACCAACUGAAUCAAUCCCAGUGGUGCUUCGCCAAGGGAUUCGAUGGCUCGUGCCCCUUGGGCCCGACUCUAGUCUCUAAGGAUCUCAUUCCGGACCCAGCCAAGCUUCACAUGCGAGGACUGAAGAACGGGGAUGUUCUCCAGGAAAGCGGCAUCGAUGAUCUCAUCUUCAAUGUCCCCAGAGUAAUAAGCUUCCUGUCCCAAAGCACGACCCUGCCUGCUGGCACUGUCAUUAUCACCGGCACGCCGGCUGGCGUAGGCUUAGGGCGCAAGCCCAAGGUAACGUUGAAGGAUGGCGACGAAUUCAGGGUCGAGAUCCUGCCGCACAUCGGAACACUUAUCAACGUCUUCCAAAACGAAAGUGCUACCACUGUUGGGCACUAA